AAAAAAAAAAAAAAAGAUUGGAUUCUGGGUGCCUUGAGGAUGGCUGGUGCCAACACCAACAUGCCCACCUUCAGAGAUGGCAAGUGAGAUGGUGGUCAAGCAACCUCAGAGACACAUCAGGUCUCAUCAAGUUGUGUCCACAGCACAUCCCUAGGAAGAAGUCAUAGUUAGGAGAACUUGGCCACUGCUAGCUAAAUCUCCUUGGGUGAGCUAUGCAGCUAAGAGUUUCAAUGUUCUCAUCAGUGGGACUUCUGAUCUAGUUUUGUUGCCAAGCCAAUGACCCUGGAUGAAGGAGGAGUGUAUGUCCAAAUUUGUGUCCAAAAAUAAUUCCUCUGCAGAUUGUCCUAAGGAACAAGUGAGACAGAAGUACUUGGCAGUCACCAUAGCAGCAAUUGGUCCUGCUAAAAUCUAAAUCAGAUGGUGUCAACUCUCUGCUCAAAAUUCUCUAGUGCUUUCUGACCUCCCACAGAGUCAGACCCAAAGUCCUAGCAAUGGUCAUGAGGCCUGAUGUGAGCUGCUCGCCCUCCCCACACCCUAACUUCUCCCAUCUCCACUGCUCCCUCCACUCCAGCCACACUGAUCUUCUUGGGAUCCUCUAACCUGAAGAUUGACAACCAUUUUCUGUAAAGGGCCAGAUAGUCAACAUGUAUUUUCAGCUCUGUGGGCCAUACAGUCUUUGUUGUAAUGACUCAAUUCUGCAGUUGUAGAACGAAAACAGCCAAUGUACACGAAUGAGUGUUCCAAUAAAAUUGUUUACAAAAACAGGCAAGCGACCAGUCUGUGGACCCCUCCUCUAACUCAUCAGUCACACGUCCGCUUCCAGUAGUCUGUACCUGCUGCUCCCAAUAUACAUGUGGCACUCUCCUUCACGUCUUCACUCAGGUGUCACCAUCUCAGAGCCCAGGCCAGGCACACUAACACAGCCGCCCUCCCCUGCUCUUUUUCUUUUGCCCUUAACAUCUUCUAACAUAUAUUUAUGUUGGAUAUUGUCUGUCUCUCCCCAACCCCCAUUGACUAGAAUGUAAACUCUACAAGGGCAGAAAUUUUUGUCUUUUUUGUUCACUGCUGCCUUGUAUUCCCAGCUGCCUUGCACCUAGCAAGCACUCAAUACAUAUUAACAGAUUGGAUAAAUCAGGUUUAAUACAAGAUUCAAAAGUUAAGCCACUUCAAAAACUACCCCAAAUUUACCCCAACAUGGGACAAAAGUUCCCAGUAUCUAGAAAGCCCCAGGUCACUGGAUUAUGUCAUAAUCAGUGAUGUCAUCAUUGGGGAAGUUCUCAAGUUGCCCUCUGAUUUAAGCCUUUCAGGCCUUGCAGCCAGUGGGAUGGAGGGGCUUUCUGAGAGCACGAGGGCUCUUAAUAGUGUGUGGGCUCCACAGACAGCAAUCACAGGGGAUGGGCCUGCCAAGAGAGUGCGUGAACAGGUGUCCCUGCAGACACAAAUCCUCCAGACUGCCUCCCUAAAGGACGGCCCGGCAAAGCGAGCAGUGUGGGUUCGCUCUAACCAUUCGGAGCCAGAAGAACCUACCAAAUCAACAGUGGUCAAGGAGAAGCCCAAGCUAGGGGUGACCAAAGCAGUGGUUGUGGACCUUGGCACUGGCUACUGUAAAUGUGGCUUUGCUGGGCUGCCAAAGCCCACCCACAAUGUCUCAUCGACAGUGGGCAAGCCCUACAUGGAGACUGCCAAAACCGGGGACAAUCGCAAGGAGACAUACGUGGGGCAGGAGCUCAUCAAUCCAGGGGUUCGUCUCAAGCUAAUUAAUCCUCUGCGACAUGGCAUUAUCGUGGACUGGGAUACAGUGCAGGAUAUCUGGGAAUAUCUCUUCCAUCAAGAGAUGAAGAUUGCCCCAGAGCAGCAUGCAGUCUUGGUUUCAGACCCACCCCUGAGCCCACACACCAACAGAGAGAAGUAUGCUGAAAUGCUGUUUGAAACCUUCAGCACUCCUGCAAUGCACAUCGCCUACCAGUCCCGCCUAUCCAUGUACUCCUAUGGAAGGACCUCCGGCCUGGUUGUGGAGGUUGGCCACGGUGUCUCCUACGUAGUCCCCAUCUACGAGGGUUAUCCUUUGCCCAGCAUCACUGGACGGCUAGACUAUGCGGGAUCUGACAUGACAGCCUACUUGAUGGGCCUGAUGAACAACUCGGGGAAAUACUUCACUGAGGACCAGAUGGGCAUUGUGGAGGACAUCAAGAAGAAAUGCUGCUUUGUGGCCCUGGACCCCAUUGAAGAGAAGAAAGUCCCAGCUACUGAGCAUAUGAUCCAGUACACGCUGCCAGACGGGCAGGAGAUACACCUGUGCCAGGAAAGGUUCCUCUGCUCAGAGAUGUUCUUCAAGCCUUCUCUGAUCAAGUCCAUGCAGCUGGGACUCCACACCCAGACAGUGUCCUGCCUUAACAAGUGUGAUAUCGCCCUCAAACGAGACCUCAUGGGGAACAUCCUGCUCUGUGGGGGAAGCACUAUGCUCAGAGGCUUCCCUAACCGUCUGCAGAAGGAGCUGAGCAGCAUGUGUCCAAAUGACACCCCCCAGGUAAACGUGUUGCCUGAAAGAGACACUGCAGUGUGGACGGGCGGGUCCAUCCUGGCAUCACUUCAGGGCUUCCAACCACUGUGGGUCCACCGCUCUGACUACGAGGAACACGGGCCUUUCUUCCUCCACAGAAGGUGCUUCUGAACUCUGAUGAGGCAUGGUCGCUGUGGUUGCCAUGCAUCAGCUAUGCUGGGUGAGCACCCAUCCUACAUAUAGGGAGCUGAGCCAGCACAGACACUCCUGUACUAUUAAACGAUCCUCAUGUUCCCCUCCA